GUUUGACAUUUGUUAAAUGUUGAUGGCCGCCCGCUAUAUUUUUCCCUCUUUCAACUCAAUGCGCAAGGAAAACAUUCCCAAUAAUAACUAAAUAUUCAAGCUGAUGAACCAACGAUCUUUUUGCAAAGUAUUAUAGAAACAAGGCGCUCCAAAUAAUGGCAGAUAGCAUAGAAGAGUUAUACGAAACGUAUAAGAUUCUCACGGAAGCAAAAGAAACUGUUGUAUCGAAGCACUCCCAAGAGUAUUUGAAGUGUGUGGAGCGUACCAAAGGUAAUGAGAAGGAGAAGAAGCUCGCAGCACAAAUAGUCUCGAAGUUUUUCAAACAUUUUCCUGACCUUCAAGAAAAAGCUUUAAAUGCCAUAUUCGAUCUUUGUGAAGAUGAUGACAGUAUGGUAAGCUAAACACCAUCUAUAAUUACGUUUACUAGUUUAACCAGAGCAAGCUAAAGAUCUUUCAAGUAAAGAUCAAUUAUAGCUUUGUCCGACCCGUCGGAAAUCGUAGGGGUGUUAUGUAAAACGG